CCACGCCGCCUAUAAAUACUCAGCGUGACCUCCGACCCCUGGCGCGAGCUAGUGCGAGAGCUGGGGUCGGGCCGCGGCGCGGGCGGCGAGGCGCGGCGAGGGGCGGCCAUGGAGCUGGGCAGCUGCUUCAGGACCUACGAGGACUUCCAGCAGUGCUUCGAUGCUUACAAGAAGGAGAACAAGUGCUGCUUCGUCCUCAAGGACUGCUCCAGUGUGUGCUUCCACAACCUCUACCACGGCACCUCCAUCCGCGAGGACAUCCUAUACCUGCAGGUGAAAUUUGUCUGUAUUGGAGCACAGUCAAAGAGGAAGAGAACACAGGAGACAAACACAUGCCCAGCAUACUUACUCCUGCAGUACGACGAACAACUAGAUCAACUGUUUAUCAGUGAACUAAAUACUCAGCAUGUACAUGUUGAUUCCAAAGCUAGAGGUCCUGGAAGAGACCCCACGGACAAACCUGAGGAGCCACAAAGCCUGCCGGAGCUCCAGCCAGUGCACAAAGACCUUGGCCAAGCUGAGGAGUCCCCACUAGAAUUCUCAUUUUGCCUAGAGAGGGUACAAGAGCCCUGGAAUCCCGAAGAGGAGAGCUUCUCUCCUGACCUAGCCAACAUAGCACAGAUGAUGAAGAACUUUCUUAAAGUAGAUGAAGGCUCCAUGGCCUCCUUCAGCGUGGGCACCAGUCGAGACCUGGACCGGCUUAACUUCCAGAGCAGCCAGAUGAGUGACCUGUUCGCUCGCUUCCCAGAGCAUCUCUUGCUGCACAAGGUGGAGAACCCCCAGGGCCACAUCCUCUACGCUUUCUUGGUGGAGAACAAGGAGCGCGAGAGUCGAGUGGCUCAUUUCUCUGUGCUCAGUUCUGAGACCUCCAGCUCUGUGGCCAAGAUGUUGAACGUCUUCAAAGGAUUCAACUCCGAUUGGCCCAAGGUCAAGGUGGUAUUUGUGGACCCUUUAUUCUCUUACUGGGCCAUCCUGCAAGAGACCUUCCCCGCAGCCCGCGUCCUCCUUUCCGUCUACCACACAACCCGGCUCUUGGAAAAGAAGCUCCAGGAGAGCGCAGCAUGUGCAUACUUUAAAGGCCUCAUGAACAAAGCCCUCCGGGAGGCUGUGUUUGUUGCUUCGGAGGCCAGCCUGAAAGAUCUCUGUGCGAUGUCCGAGGCCCUGCUGGAUGAGGAUCUCUUCCGCUUCCUGCAGACCCACUGGUUUUCCUGCCAACUGCUGUGGUACACGCAUGCCAAGAAGGGCCUGCACACAUGUAACGCCUACAUGGCCAGCCUGGACUUUCUCACCAACAAGGUGUCAAGCCUCUUUCAGAAACAGCAAUCCUUGCUGGACUGUAUCUUUCAUUUUGUUCAUUACCUCGACUUCUUUAACACCAAAAGCUCCACCACUCUUUCCAAGUUAAAGAAAACCUGGCCUCCGAGCAUGCAGCCACCAAGGACCAAAAAGCCUGUGGGAAUCCCAGGAGCCAGCCCCGCCAGGCCCCCGGCGGAAGAGGCCAGGUCAGAAGCUCAGGCUUGCGAGCAGCCGCAGCCCCCGCCGCCGUCUCCCCGCGGCGCCAUGCUGGACGCCCUGCGCCAGAGCGGCUCUGAACUGGCGUACAAGCUGUGCCUCAACGAGUGGGAGGUGGUACAGAAUUCCACCCACCUAGUGGGGGUGGCAGGUCCCGCGGUGGCCGUGCAGCUGCUGGAGGACUCUCACCAGGUGAGCAAAGACGGCUGCAGCUGCAGCUGCUCCUUCCAACAGCGGUAUCACCUGCCGUGCCGGCACAUCCUGGCCCUCCUGCACAGCAGCCAGCAGCCGGUCAAGGAAGCCAUGGUGUGCUGCAGGUGGCAGAAAAAGUAUCAGUACCUCCUGGGGCCAAAUGGAGAGCUCAGGGAGCGCAGUGUGACCCCAACCACAGACCAGCCUGAACACCAAGGCCGGCAUGACAUCAUUCAGGACCUCAGCAGGGAGCUAGCCAACCUGCUGAUGCAGACAGAGGGACCAGAGCUGGAGGAGCGCUGCGUGACCCUGCGCAAGAUUGUGGACAGCUGGGCAGAUCGCUGUGAGCCGCCGGAGUUCAGUCAGCAUCCAGAAGACUUCCAGGAUGUGGGCCUCCUCCCUUUCCUCUGGGGAACUCAGGAGGAACCUCCCUCUUUGAAACCAUAGUUCUUGACUGAAACAUUUGCACUGGAUCCCAAACUCUUCUCCUUGGAGGUUUACAAGUUCAAGUUCAAAGGGAGCAGGUUAUACUGGGAGUCAGUGUGUUAGCCAGCGUCUUCCUGGGUUGGGCUAGUCAGAAUAUUAAAAUAGGGAGGAGGGGACCACAUUCCGUGAGUCUUUAAGCUCUGUCCCCUUCCAGCCCGACCUUGACAUUCCACAGGUGUCUCGUUUGUUGUUCAUGGCCAAAGUUACCUCCAGGCUGAAAGGUCACCCCUCUUCCUCAGCUCACCCUUGAGAUCACCCCUUUUGACCUUACAGGGAUGAACCCCUGAUCAAAAUGAAAAUGGUUAAAAGGCUUUGGGGGACAAAGAGAAGGGGAUGAUCAAAUGUUGCUGCUGUUUAUGAGGUAUCUGUUACUUUACCUUAUUUUAAUUUGUAUUAAAGUUGUUUUUUAAAAUAAAUC